UAUGACCAGCGAGACUCUCUCUCUCUCUCUCUCUCUCUCUGACAUCACUGGGAACUUGUGUGUAUAAAGUAAACACAAGAAUGCAGCGCGUCAGGCAAGGGAGUGUGAGCACAGACAGAGGGCCCUUUCUUACACAGGGUGGGCAGGGCAGGGAGAAGUGACUCUGCCCUGAGAGAGUGACACACACAGGGAGAGAGGAAGAGAGAGAGAGGCAGAAAGAGCGUAAUUCAAUACAGACCAAGUAUGGGGCAAAAUUGAGAGCUUAGAGUAUAUCAACAAAAAGCAGCAGCAGAUAUUGAAGAGGAUAUACAAGGAAGAGGAAAGGAGGAAGAGGAGCUUUACUGGCCUGGACUUCUAAAGUGUUUGCCGAAAAUCUCUCAGAGCCAGAGGAGAAUGGAUUAAAAUAGACAGGAGACUUCAGAGGACCUGAGGUAGAAUCCCCAAAUCCCAAAAGAGGGACACAAACAAACUACUCUGAGAGGCAGACUCCAUAGACCUUCCCAUCGCAGCAAGGAAAGAUCGGAAUCAUUACAGAAACUGAAGGAUUUCAAAGGAAAACGUCCAUCUCUCAUAAAACAAUUAAUCUUUGGUCUUCAAACUUUCUUAAAUAAUGCUUUGGUCUUUAAACCCCCAGACAAGGCACUUAAGGAAGGAGGGGAGGAUAAAGAGAUUCUCCCUGCAUCAAUGAAUUUUCCAGUCUCUUGCUAUCCCCCCUUGGCAUGUGCUACUAUAUCAGCAACAUCUUCACUAUCAAGAGUUCACAAGCACUAGUUCAGGGUCAAAUCACCAUAGAAACAAUCCCCUUCCUGGUAACAGCAACACCCUUGACUGACUAAUUCAAUAAUCUAUCCUUGUUUGCUAUUGUGGUUGGCUUCUUCAAUAGAUGACCCUCAAAAGGAGUUGCUAAGACACUCACUGUCAGUGAACCAUGAAGGAAGACAUCUUGGAUUUUUUCAGUAACUUGUGGAAGGUGGCCACCACCAAGCAUGACCAGGGGAUCUACAAUACAGUCUGCCUGGUGGUGCUGCUAGCCCUGCCUAUGGUGGUGCUCUUCACUUCUCUGGUGGUGUGCUGCCACUGCUGCUGCUGUCGCCGGGCCAACUCCACUGGUUGCUGCGGAGACAGCCCAAGUUCAGACACAGCAAAAUCAGACAAAAAGAAGAAGAAGAGUCCCAAAAAUGAGGACUUGUGGAUCUCGGUCAAAACAGGACCUAUGACACAAGACAGGGUUGCCCUGACGAUGGUGUAGUAGUCGUGACUGAUGUUCAGAUAAGGUUGAAUUAUUUUGUAUUUAUAUGAAGCUCUUUUUUACUGCAAUGUACAGGUACAUAAUGCCGGGCAAGGCCAGCCUUAGCCUUUUAAAGGCCCUAAGCGAUAUUUGUUUUUAAGUUUUAAAGUUAAUUUCCUGCAAUUCUACACAUUUUGCAAUGGGGUGUACAGAAAAUGUUGAAGUUUUAAAUCACCUUUUCCCAGUUCUACACAUUUUGCCAUGGCGCAGAAAGAACUUUUGCAAUUUUAUAACAAAUUUCAUGCCAUUCUACACAUUUUGCCAUGGGGUAGAGAUACAUUUUUUGACCGUUUGAAAGCAACUUUCCUGCAAUUCAACAUAUUUUGCCAUGAUUUAAUGAUACCGGAGUGACAGUGACGAACAAAAUCAACGAGGGCCCCAUGGAGGUCAGGGCCCCUAGGCACGUGAACUGCGUGCCCAGUCGGUAUUCAGCCAUGAUUAUGCCUGGAGCCGGCACUGGUGUUCAAUAUGCUUCAUAGAAACUCUUGAAAGAGACUAAAAGAGCCAAUAAUAUGUGAUUGAUUGUGUGUGUGCGUGCAUGCAUAUGUGUGCCUGUGCAUAUGCACGUACGUGUUACUCUCAAACUCAACUCUGUACCUUGAAGCUAGUUCCACAGCAUUUUUUUUAUUGUUUCCUUCGAAUCACAGACUGAUUUAGACCUGAGACACCAGGUGUGUGCAAUUACCUAUCAGGUAGAACAGAAAACCAGCAGGCUCCAGACCUCAAAGGGUAAGAGUUGAAUACCCCUGUGUUAGAGUGUGCACUCAACCAGAAGGUUGAGGACUGCUUUUUAUUUCCAAUGCUGGAGGCCAGCAAUCUAGCAUUGUGAUUCGGUUAGAAAGAUCAUGUUUUUUAUAGGUUAGACCAUUUCAAGUUCAAAGCACUUGCAGUUAUUGCACUUACAAUGUGAACAAUGUGAACUUAUGUAACUACUUUGAAAUCUUUUGCUGUAUUUGCUAUAUCCACUAAAUGGAGAUCUCAAUUCCAUUCAUGAGUUGACCAUCAAUCGCUGAAUUGAAUAGAACAAAGUGAAGCACUGAGAUCUUUCAUUUACAUCACCGUAGAGUAUGCUGAAGCUCAGUAUUGUUGAUGAAUGAGUGUUUCUACCCAACAGUUCCAUGUGUUACGUUACCUUAUGCUCAGAUUGCCAUGUGUACUGUCUUGCACUGUCCCUAUUGGUUCAUAAAAUCAUUAUGCGUUAUUAUUAUUAUCUCCAGGCUCUCAGACUUUGGGGUGCUAAGUGGAUCCUUCUUACAUCUUUAUCCCUCAGUGCCAAUAGCCAUCAUUUCACAUGUAGUGAUAUUUACUGGCAUAUCAUAGUUGAGGUACUAUGCCAUCAUUCAGUAUUUUCUACACCAUUGUGUUGAUAAAAUAUAAGUUGUGUGCAUAUGGGGCAUUGUGUGCAAAAUGCACACAUUUUGGGGCGGCAGGUAGCCUAGAGGUUAGAGUGUUGGGCCAGUAGCCGAAAGGUUGCUAGAUCAAAUCCCUGACCUGACAAGGUAGAAAUAUGUUGUUCUGCCCCUGAACAAGGCAGUUAACCCACUGUUCCUAGGCUGUCAUUGUAAAUAAGAGUUUGUUCUUAACUGACUUGCCUAGUUAAAUAAAAUAAAAAUGUAUGCAAAUAGAAGUUUAUAAUUGAUUUACAAAUCCGGUGACAAAUCAGUUUCAUUUGUUAUUUUUUUAUUAUCCCUGUUUUCAGAUCCUUAUUUUGUGCCUAAUAGGCUUCUCUAUUAGUUAUUCACUAAACUUUGAUCGAGACAAAUUAUGCAUUAGAACAUACAGGUAACUGACAAAAUAAAGGAAACACCAACAUAAAUAGGGCGUUGGGUCACCACAAGCAGCAAGAACAGUUUCAAGGUGCUGUGGCAUAGAUUCUACAGUCUGGAACUCCACUGGAGGGACACAACACCGUUUUCCCACAAUAAAUUCCAUAAUUUGGUGUUUUGUUCAUGGUGGUGGAAAACUCUGUCUCAGGCAUGAUCUGGUGAAUGAGGCAUGCAUGCAUGCACACACACACACACGCACGCACGCACGCACGCACGCACACACACACACACACACACACACACACACACACACACACACACACACACACACACACACACACACACACACACACACACACACACACACACACACACACACACUUUAAACCCCCCUAAGCUCCUUUGAGACCCCUCUUUCAAAGUUAAUGAGAUUUCUUCUUCUAGUCAUGCCAAAACAAUGGGAAACUGGGCAUUUUACAUAUGACCCUAAGCAUGAUGGGAUGUUAACUGCUUAAUUAACUCAGGAACCACACCUGCGUAAAAGUACUUGCUUUCAAUAUAAUUGGUAUCACUCAUACAGGGCUAUAUUCAAUCAGAUCCACUUUAGCCGACAUCCAGAUAGCGGUUGUUUUGACGUGUCAGAGGUGUGUUACAGCUGUCAAAUCCACAAGCGGCUCCUGGCAUUAUAGCCUACCUAAAGGGGACAUUUCCAUUGACUGCACGGAGUCGCAUUAAGAUAAAUCUCCUGCAGCCUUGUUUACAGGUUUGAACACUGGAAUGUGAGAUGUAAUCUACACCUCGAUUAGUCUGAUAGAAAUCCUCAUUACUUUAAUGAUUUUUUGUAUUAUUUCUGUAUAGCCUUCACUCUCGUUUUGAACUUUUAAUGCAAGGGUGAUUGAUGGGUUACAAUGAGCAAGAACAGCUGCUCUCCAAUUUGACAGCUCCAACACAGUUACACCUUCGACACCGCCAGAACAUCAGUUAUGAGGGUGGCGGCUACCGCCAGUUAAUGCUUGAUCUGAUUGAGUCUAGGCCUUACUCAAGUGUUUCCUUUAUUUUGUCAGGUACCUAUAUAUUCUGUCUGUUUGUCAUCACACAAGAAAUCGCUGAGGUGAUACAUUUUCGAGUUAUGAGCUCAGGCCACACUGGCGGCUGCAUGAAUCAUUUAUCCUGUCAUUUGAUUUUACAAAACAGCUGGAGAAAAGAGGGACAAAAUAAAGUAUUUUUGUAGCUUU